UUUUCUAUUAAAAAUAAUUAAUAAAAUGUAUUCUAUCGUAUUUCAUGAUCGAAAUUAUAUAGUUUCAUUUAAAAUCUAGUCCGAGAAUGGAGUGACGACUUCGCCCCAUAGGGGUGACGACUCCGCCCCGGAAAUUUUGACAUUUCAAUUUUUGCACCUUUGUCAUUUUUACUCUAUACCGAUUGAACAAAGCGAUGUAGACCAAAAAUACAUAGAAAACAUUAUAGCCAAGGAUUCACUUUUUACAACGGUACACCACAUUUCACUAAAAUUAUGUAUUUUGUUGUUAAAAACCGGCAUCGAAAAAAAGGUGACGACUUCGCCCCGGUCUCCCCUAUUUUUAGAAUAAAUUGAAUAAACUUGUAUCAUUAUAAUAGUGUUUCUCGACAAUGUUGGAGGAAUUAACUAUGAUAAUACUACGCUUUUGAAACAGGGCCGCUCCUGAGAGAACACCGUCGAAAGUAAACUGACCGUCGCUGGAGUGCGCGCGGCAAGGGGACAAAAGUAGGCGGUUCCCUUUCUAAAAAAGACUCCGUAACAAAUAGUCUCACGAGGUCCGAAGACAGGACGAACCGAUAACGGACUGCGGAAGUUUUUCGAACGCUAUUCUCGGUUCAGAAGGCAGUAAGUAAUUUUGAGAACAGAAUUUUCUAGAAGCAUUUUUUCAGUGCAUUCAGAGACGUGUCGUAAAAUAAAAUAUUUAAACAAUUCUUUUCUAUGAAAACCCAGUAGAAAGUUAACGAAUUCCUUUCGUAUUUCUUGUCGUUCGAAAAGUAACUGUUCAAGGAAGAUUUUAAAUCGUUUGAAAAAACAAUUGUUACAGUUCGAUUGAAUAGGCAUCAUCGUGUCGCAGAAUGGCGCAGCAAGACGCGAUUGUUGUAAGAAACGCUAAUAAGCGUUACGGAAAAGGAGAGCAAGUACUCGACGGACUGAAUAUGACGGUUUCGAGGGGUUCCAUAUACGGACUGUUGGGGCCCAGUGGAUGCGGCAAAACUACCAUACUAUCCUGCAUGGUCGGGAUUUGUAAACUUAAUAGCGGCGAGGUGUUGGUCUUGGGCGAAACUCCGGGCAGCAAGGUUUGCGGGAUUCCCGGGCCUCGAGUAGGUUAUAUGCCGCAGAGCGUCUCGUUAGUCGGAGAAUUUUCCGUGAGCGAUACUCUUUAUUAUUUCGGCAGGAUCAGCGGGCUUAGUGAUGAGGAAAUCGAAACGAAACUGAACUUUCUGUUGGAGUUGUUUCAACUACCACCAGCGAACCACCUGGUGAAGAAUAUAAGUACAGGUCAACAAAGAAGGGUUUCCCUUGCCGCCGCAUUGAUCCACGGGCCCGAACUCCUAAUUCUAGACGAACCCACCGUCGGCUUGGAUCCAAUUUUGAGAGAGAACAUUUGGGCUUACCUAAUCAAGAUUACGCAGGAGCAAGGGAUCACCGUGUUGAUUACGACACAUUACAUCGAAGAGACUAAAGAUGCUAAUAAAAUCGGUUUGAUGAAAAGUGGUAAAUUGUUGGCGGAAUUGGGGCCGCAGGAAUUAUUGGAACAAUGCCACUGUUCGUUAUUGGAAGAAGCUUUUCUGAAACUGUGCGAGGCACAAAAUAACGCAGUUAUUUUAAAUGAAGCCCAGGGAUCCAGUGCAAUAAAUACUGGUGGCCAAGUCUUAAAUCAAGACCAAGAUAUAUAUGAACAAACAGAAGCAAACUCGGAUUACAAAGUGGUUUCGAAAAGUCAAGUUCCGUGCUCAAGAAGAAUCAAAGCUUUAUUGGUGAAGAACGGCAUCCAGUUUAGCCGCAAUUACACAGGGUUAGUUGUCGCACUAUUAAUCCCGAUGAUCCAAAGUAACCUAAUGUUUCUUACAAUUGGUCAAGAUACAAAACACUUGAAGAUUGCGGUUGUCAACGAUGAGUCUGGCAACUGUGACUACGGCAACAAUUUGGGCAAUAUUUGGAAUGACGAAAUCACCUGCCACUUUGGUAACCUUAGCUGUAGGUUUCUGCACAAUUUUGACGACUCAAUUGCAAAACAGAUGUAUUAUGACAACAUUUCAGAGGCGAGUCGCGAGGCGCAGAAUAGACGUUUCAUUGGUAUAAUAUAUUUCAAUCAAAAUUUCUCUGAGGCUCUGCAAGCACGAAUAGAAGAUGCCAAGUUUGCGAAGGAUUCCGAUCUUCGUGCCAGUCAGAUUCAAGUUUCCCUCGAUAUGAGCAAUAUGGGGAUAGUUAGGACUUUAAUUCAAAGGAAAUUAUUCAUACGUUUUUUAGAGACCUAUAAAGAUAUCGUGAGAGAUUGCAAAUAUCCGUCAAAACUGGCCGACCUGCCCAUUCGAUUUGAAGAUCCCAUUUAUGGUUCGAUGGAGCUCACGUACGCAGAUUUCACCGCACCAACAUACAUGAUAUCAUUUAUCUUCUUUUUGGCCACCACAGUCUCUGCCUACUUGCUAAUCACAGAUCGUAUAGAGGGUGUCUGGAAUAGAAGCGUAGUCCAAGGUAUAAAAUUAUCAAUUAAUUAG